CAUUCACAUUGCAGUUCAAUGAGCUUGAUCUUGGUAGUGUUGGUAACACUGCUGUUCAACAGUUCCUCUUGAACUGCAGAAAGAUUUUGUGGUUAAGCACUGUUAUAGUUGUGGUUGUCAACAACUUUUCCUGACUUAAAGACUAGUAUGUCGUCUCCUAUUCUAAUCAAUGUUGAACUUAAGGAUGCAUUAACAGCUUCUAGUUGCUCCCACCUCGCAGUAGAAUUUUUUAAACAUAUUGCAUAUCAGCGACAGCAAAUACCAUUCCCAUACAAACAAUUAAAGUCUGUUUUGAGUAGAAAAAUAGAACAGGAUUCUUCGACUGUCACUGGAGCUCGAAGUUGCCAGGCAGAAAAUGAAUUUAUUAAAGUCAAAGGAAUGUUUGAAUCUAUGCAAAACGCAUUUCAGAAUUUGGAAGAAGAGCUAUGUUCCCAUGAAGGGAUGAUUCAAGAAAUAGCGAUGAUCCUUGGAGCCACACCACUGAGCCCUCGAGAUGUUUAUAGAUUUCAAUUUCCUCCUCUUCUACUUGGGCACCUCGACUCCAAACACCCUCACCAAAGCAACUUGCUCUCAUUAUUCCGGUGCUUGAUUUCUUCUGAAGAUCUUCAUUCAUUUUUCAAACAACCUUUGUCACCAACCAAUAUGUUCUUAUUUAUUCGCAAAAAUAACACCAUUCUCGCUACAUCUGCCUUUACUCCAAAGGAGCGCUACAAUCUUCCUACUAGUGGAAAACAUGCUAUAAUUCGAUUGAUACCCCCCAGUGAUCCUCCAAAAUGCAUUUGUGGAGGGACUAACAUCUAUAGCGAUGAUGAAAGUGAUACUGGUGAAGUGAAAAGGCCUAUUGAUAACAAUGAGGUGGAAAAUUGUAGUUCACUCUGGUUUCAAGCCCAUCAAACAUUGAAGGGUUUCAAGGAUGUAAAAAUAAAUGGCGUCGCAGCUUCUACAAUGUGGUUACAAAGUAGAUAAUAUUUGUAAGCUAAUUUUGUUAGAAUAAUUGUUGUACCUCAAUGAAAAUCAAAAUCAAUUUUUCAAGGCAUGAUUUUAAGAGAGAUAUAUCUCAAUGUUUUCAAGACUGAUUCAUAUUAAUUUUUUGUAUCUCUUUUCCCCAUAUUAGUUGUGUCCACCUGAUUUGGAUCAUUGUUUAGACAUUAUCCAUGUCUAUGCUAUUUUUUUAAGCAUUUUGCUUGAUCCAUUAUUGAUAAUGAAUUCUAUAAUAAAAAGACAUUUUUAGAACAA